UUACUCAAAAACCCCCCACCUUUCACUUUGUUUUCGUUUAUACCCUGACCUAGGAAAAAUGUCAUAAAUACUACUGACCUUGUCAAUAUAUUUCGCCCGUACCCCCAACCCGAAGCAGCACGCGCAUUUGUCCAGCGUGGCAUCCAUAUCAGCUAAAAACCCUGAAACGCACCGUUUAUGACUCUGACGCACCGAAUAUCUGACCAAACCAUGGUUAGUGAGGUGGCAAUUACUAAAACGGUGCGUUUUGUGUUUGACCUUAGUAUUUACCAUUCUUCCUCCUUUCAAAAUCGUUUCUUUUUUACAGAAACCCUAAUUAACAAAUUGAAAACAUUUGAGAAAAGCUAACCUAGGAUUUUCCAAAGCAACACUAUGUCUUCAGUGUCGCUAACUACGAGGGGUCUUGAUAACGUGAGCGACGAGCUGUUCAAUCUCCCUGCAACGAAAGAACGUAGCAGGUGCAGGCAUGGAAGGUUGUAUCUGUACACUUCAUGGACGAAAACGAACCCGGGAAGAAGAUUCUGGCGCUGUUGUAAGUCAAAGACCCCAGAUGAUUGCGGAGCAUUUCGGUGGUACGAUGAGGAGGUACCUUUCGAGAAUAUGAUCAAGUUCGGAGUGCUGUUGGACAAAGUGAAAGGAUUGACGGAGCAGCUUGAGGGUUGUGAAAAUACAAUUUCAGAAUUGAACAUAACAAUUCAGAAGUUGGAAGAGAAUCGAGACAAAGCAACCGUUGCUUUUACGGAGAUAAUAGAUGAAAAUGAUUGCCUGAGGAAGGAGAAUGCAGAAUUGAAGUCACAAGCCGAAGGAUCGCAAUCUUGUUCCAGGUUUUGCAAGAAAGCUUUGAUGACCCUGCUGUGUUUUUAUGUUUUCUUUUAUUUUGUUAUUCAAUGAUCAAGUAGUAGCAAUAAGUAAGCUAUUUAUGGAUGUGAUGUAUGUUUUGUGUAGGUCUUGAACUGUUGAGAGGACGAAGUUAUGGUGAUGGGAGGUGGUAGUAUAACGAACCAGUGUACUUUUGUUAAUUUAGGACUAAUUACUAAUGUAGUCCCUGUAAUUUAUGGUGUUUGGAGCUAGUGGAUUACUACCGUAAUGUAAUAGUGUGUAUUUAGAACACGACCUUUGUUAUGGUACGAUAAUUAUCUAUGUAAUAUUAUUGAUAUCUA